AUGUCUUCCUCCGCCGCAUCCGCCGAAGAGCCUCCGCUCCCCCUCUCCAUCGGCACCCUGUUCACCAACCCCCUCCGCCACCCCAACCCCAACCCCAACCCCNCAACCUCGUCGACCCCGACGGCCACAACUCCUUCGGCCGCCACGUCAUCGUCCCCCUCCAACCGGGCCGGGCCUACACCAAAUCCGACCUCCAGUCGGCCCUCGAGCACCUCUCCUCAAACCGUGUACACGUACCGAUCCCUCCCGCUCGCCAGAUUCGCGAGCGUGGGAAUGCUCCCGGACGAGCCCCCAGUCGAGGUGCCUCCAGACUUGACGAGCUCAGAGAAAAAAGAGCUCGAGAUGAAUGAAACCAUGAAGUAUCGGAGGAGAGUCAAGCUGGCUCCCGACUGCAUUCUCCCUGUAAGCGUGCAAGAAGAGAUCAACUCGGAACUGAGGGAGGAUUGGCAGCUGAAAUCGAGCGUGGUGUCGAGAAUAAUCGGGAUGAUUGAGAAUUGGUAUAGGGAAAACGGGUAUGCUCUGGCGCAGGUCGUGAGGUUUAGCCAGCCUGGAUGGAUCUCGAGAAAGGAGAUAAUCUUCGAGGUUGACGAAGGGGAUAUUGGGGACUUGAACAUUAAGUUUGAGGACAGUCUUGGGAAUGUUUGCGAAGGGAAGACUAAUGUUAAGCUCAUCGAGAGAGCGCUGGCUGAGGAGGAGGUUGCUAUUGGGAAGCCGUUCAACGUGAAGGCCCUUAAUAGGGUGGUGCAAAAUCUGGACUCUCUCAAGAUUUUCUCUCGGAUAGGAUAUACUCCGGAACGUGAAGAGAGUCAAGAGACGAAUGGCGGAGGGCUAUCUCUGCAAAUUGUACUGCAAGAGCCUCACGAUUAUCAGUGGUCUGACGUGCAAGCGAAUUGGAAUGUAGUUCGCAGACCCCUCAGUCUACCGACAAUAGACUGGUCGCGGCCAGGUGCAACAAUAUCGUUUGGGAAACGUAAUAUCAAAGGCUUGAACCGAUCGUUUGAAGGGAAAUUGACAUUCAACAAUUUCUUAAAUCCGCAGGAUGACGUUGAUUUCAAUUUCGAGUACACACAUCCAUACCUUGACGGCAUAGAUAAUCCUAGGAGCCGUAAAUUUCAAGCAGUUUGUUUCAACUCUAGAAAACUAAGCCCCGUGUUCAGAGGCAGUCAGCACUCGGUUGACAUCCCCAUAUGGGUCGAUAGACAGGGAAUUAAGGCCACCAUAACAGAGGAUUUCACAAAACAGAGCAAACUCACAUAUGGACUAGUUAUGGAAGAUAUAAAAACCCGGGACGAAGAUGGGCAUGUAGUCGGCAGAGGCUAUAGGGUGGUUGAUGGUCAGUUGAGACAUAAUGGACCUUUAACGACGCUUAGUGGCACUGGCAAUGACCGAAUGGCUUUCUUACAAGCGAAUCUUAUGAGAGACAACACAAGAUUCAUCAAUGGGGCACUCGUUGGCGCUAGGGACGUGUUCCAGGUGGAUCAAGGGUUGGGGAUUGGUACCAAGUUUCCGUUUUUCAACCGGGCCAAAGUAUCUGCAACGAGGUUUAUCCCGUUGAGAAAAGUGAAGGAAGGGAAAGGCAAUCCCACACCACCGGUUUUAGUCCUUCACAGCCUUUUCGGGAACUGCUUGGGAGACCUUCCGAAUCACGAAGCUUUUACCAUUGGCGGGCCACAUUCGGUCAGGGGCUACGACAUGGGAGAGCUUGGGGCUUCCCGACGUAAACUUGAGGUGGCAGCUGAGGUUCGCGUACCGGUGACAAAUGGUGCUUUUGCUUAUGCGUUUGCGGAACACGGAAAUGAUUUGGGGAGCUCGGUUGGCUUAGCCGGAAAUCCGACAAAGUCGAGCAUGCGACAGGGACAAGGCUCGUCGUAUGGGCUCGGGGUAAAGUUUGGCCAGGCUCGUGUAGAGUAUGCCGUUGAUAACAACACUAGGAAAGGCGCGUUUUUUGUUCACUUUGGAGACAGAUUUUGACUCUUAGGGGGCUCGAUUUUGAAUGUUAAAUACCGAGCUUAUAGUUUAAGUCGAAACGCUUAUACAUAUAAAAAUAUGUUUACUUAUAAAUAUAAAUAUCCAUAUAUGUAUAAAAUUUUUAAAAAUU